AUGUUGAACCCUACUUUUUUUCUGUGGGAUUUGAUGUAUCCCUUAUAUACCUAUGGCUUCAUCUUCAUUAUUAUCCUAAUUAUCUGGCAAGUGAAAAGGAGUUACCAAGGGUUAAGGUUAAAACCUAGAAGGAGCUGCUGUCAGCGUCACCGAAAACUCAGGCAAAGGGCUAGAGAUGCAGCGUCAAGAGCUAGGAAACAUUCCUGCAAAGAAGCUGAGAAGCCAUGGGAGCUGCUCUCUGUCAUGAAAAGCCAGAGCUGGCUUCCUCAGGAGGGAAGUGUACGAAGGCUUCUGUGUGCAGAUACUUACUGCGAAAUCUGUAAUGCCAUGGCAUUGAAGAUUCAGCGGUUGCUGCCCAGCCUUCCAGAAUUGGGCUUGAGAAAUAAGAUGAAAUCCCUUCUGCAGUGUAUAAACAUCAAGGCAAAAGGCAAAGGGCACAAAGACUCCAAUUUUUUGACAGUUGCAAAAAUGGCCAACACUAGGAGAAAAAAGAGAUGUAAAAUGGAUGAAGUGGAUCCUGUCCGACCAUCUCCUGUUAACUGGGAUGGACCCAAAUGUGUGACCCUUGGAGAGGAUGCAGAUUUUAAGGUCAAAGUUACAGGAUGGAAUGUAGAAAAAAAUCAUCAGAGUUAG